GGACUUCCGGUCUUCCCUGCAGUGGAGUGGUGAAGCGGGUCCUGCGGGUGCUGGUUUUGAAAGGCUGCUGUGCUGUUUGCGUUUUCUCUUAAUAGUUACAGUUGCUGCUGUCUCCGCUUUCGUUUUACCUGGCGGGGGUCUUGGUCAAAACACUCCCUGCGACCUUAUUCCUCUAGGGUUGUGAUUUUUUUCUUUCAUCAAGAUACAUCACUUGUUGGUAAUUUGUCAAACUCAAGAAACCCCUGGAGAAGCAGUGGUUGGCAGGCGCGGAGGCUGCGGCUUCCAGAGCAUUUUGGCAAAUCAAAGCCAGGGACCGUUGCUGGGCCUCAUUUCCGCAACUUUUCGGCUCCGAACUGCUUCUUUGACUUAGAAGGACAUCUUAUUCUGCCACAGUAAUGGCAGCCGAACUGCGAAUGGUACUUUAUGAAGAUGAUUCAGUACAAGUACAAUAUGUUGAUGGUUCCACGUUGCAACUUUCUCCCUGUGGCUCUGAAUUUUUAUUUGAAAAGUCACCUCCUGUUUCAGCACAUCCUUUAGAACAACCAGAAAGAAUUCGUCAAAGGACACAUUUUGUCAUUAGCACUUACAGAGAGCAACUACAGCGAGCCCUAGAUUUUCGAAACUCUUCAGCUACUUACCCUUUUUUAUCUGAAACCAUCAUACCUUCUGAAAGAAAAAAGCAUAUCUUCAUUGACAUCACAGAAGUGAGAUGGCCCAGUCUUGAUACAGAUGGUACCAUGAUAUGUAUGGAGAGUGGCAUUGUGAAGAUAACAUCUUUAGAUGGUCAUGCAUACCUCUGCCUGCCCAGAUCUCAGCAUGAAUUUACAGUACAUUUUUUGUGUAAAGUUAGCCAGAAGUCAGACUCAUCUGCAGCAUUGUCAGAAACAAAUAAUAAAGCCCCAAAAGAUAAACUAGUUGAAAAAGCUGGCAAAAUCUGUAUACAUGGAAAUUUAUCAGGACAGAGACUGAAGAAUAAAGAAAAUGAGCUUCAUUGCCAGAUCAUGAAAUCCAAAGAAACUUUAAAGAAGAUGAGUUGUGUAAAUGGAACUGAAGGGAGGGAAGAGCUGCCUUUGCCUGGUACAAAGCACACAUGUGUAUACACGUGGGUCAAGCAGUGCUGGUCUGUGGCUGCCUGUCCAGAGGAAUGGAAAUAUCCUUUGUCUUUAGCACUUCAUUUUCAUAAGAAAAUCAACAAUAUGUCUAAAAUUGAUGCACAUAUAACUCAGAGUAGAUGUUUAACCUCUGAUAUUUCAGAGGAAAGAGGAAAAGUGGUUUCUGUUCUUCCCAGGGCCCUGCCACUCAGCUGUCCAGUUCCACACCUGCACAGGUGGAAUUUUUGGGAUUCACUUUUACAGAGACAAUCUGAUGAAUAUUCCUAUCCUGAACAAGUAAGAAUGGUUUGGUACAAAGGUGUUACAUAUAGACUUACCCAUCAAAAUAUGAACUCAAUAGAGAUUUAUCCUGGAGAUGGAUCUGUUUUCAAAUCAGAAGGGGCUUAUUUUGGGAAAUAUUUUACAUAUUAUUCCAUUCCAGAAGGAUCAGAAGAGAGAGAAGAGAAAACUUACUCAGUAAAUAACCUUCCUCCAGAUAGACCAGGAAGUCCAUUCUCUGUCGGUUCUCUAAUUAAACAGGCAACAAGAAUUCUUCAACAUUGUGUGAAGAUGAGACUUUCUUUAAGCCAUAACUAUCGUAUAUGCUGCUGGAAAAUGGUAACUGGGAUAAAUGAUAGCAAUAUACUGCCUUCGGUUUUGAAAGAGUCACUCAUACCCAGCGUGGGAAGAUUUCUUGCCUACUCUGAUGACAAAGUACAUGCUAUCUUUUUAGAUGGCAUUACUCUAACCCUAAAUUGGAAUUUCAGCUCUCCUAUUGAGAAGAGACAGGUAAAUCAAGGUCUUAACUUGGGUUGGUGUAAGUUAACUUUUCCUGAUGGACAAGAUCAGUUAAUUCAAAUUGAACACCCUGAACCAUAUGAAAGAUAUGUGACAACAGUAACAUCAUGGUGCAGGAGACUGUUCCAGACUAGUCCCAGGGAGAUGCCCACUCAUUCGUCAUCUUCUGUUCUCCAAGAAAAUUGGUCUGUUGCUUCUGAACUUGAAAAGAUACAGAAGUUUAACUAAGCACUCAAAAUUGUAAAUACAUUUGCUGAGAGAUACUUUAAAUUCUCAUUUAAGGUAUGUGGGGGUUAAAAUGUGUUUAAUUUUCCCUGUCAGUUGGGUCUUUUACAUUGGCCAAGAACCAAGAGUGUGACAAGAAAUGAGUUCUAUGAUUGAGAAACUGAGAUUCUGGGGGUGGCCUAGGAGUUUGCUUUGAGAUUGAAGUUUAUUUUCUAUGGUCAACUAUAUAAUUACGAUGAUACCACCCCUUGCUUUCCAUCUGACACUUGGUUUGAGAAACUGUAAGUAGGAAAGGGAAAGAAGAAUGUCCCUCCUUGGGCCUCUUCUUUUGGACCCGUGCUUCCUAGAGUCAAACGUCAAGCUGGUAUCUCCUUGGUGCUAAGAGAGCAACCACUACUCUGAGGCAGAGACGGGAUGGGACCUAGCCAAAGUCCCAGUAAACAAACUGUAUCUUGUAAGCGCGAUUUAAUUAGGGUCAGACUACUCUGUAUGGACUUGCUUUUUCGACUUCUAAGGAUUUAGUAGUCAUGAUUAAGUGUUCUAGUCACGCUACUGCGGUCUACAAACAGUAGCUCCACAACAUCCGCCCGCAUCGUGGCAAAGAAUUAUCAAGAAAUCCCCAAGGGGGCGGUGAGGCGCUACCGAGGAGCGGCCGGUCAGCCAGGUCGCGAGGUCCCAGUCUGGUGAAAAGCUCCGUUGCCCACCCUGAGGGGUUCGCGGAAGGAAGUUGGCAGUAUCGCUACACCUUCGAGAGGCGACGGCCGAGGCUCCUAGCUCAAGCUUCUGACAGUAAGGCGUGUAUGCCUUGCAUUCGGGGAGGCCACUUCUCAGUCACCAGCUUUCUGGCCACCACUUGGGUGCGUCGUAGGGAUGUCGGCAGCUACGUUUGCCGCACGCCUCCGACUAAACUGAAAAACGAAUCCUCAAGUUUGACAAAAGUAAACUAAGAAGGCACCUUCCUCCUCUCA